AUGAUCGUUCCUAUUCGCCCACUCAAAUCUGCUAUACUCUCUCGGCUCCACCUGGUCGAUCCAUUCAGUCUAACCGUUCAAAUCAGCCGCCGACGUUGCUGCAUUUUCCCUUCCUCUUCAAUCUUGAACUCAACAUCAAAUUCAGCAUCCACUUCGGAUGAUAGAAUUUUAUUAGAUAAUCAAAUUAAGCCCAACAAUAUUACUAAUCCUAAUCCUCAAUCACAAUCGCCAGCUUUUCAUGUUUUACCCCAAGCCUCGAAUCCAUCAGAGGUGCCACUUCCCCCAGGACUACUGCUGGCCUGGGAACAGCCACAGUGUACUUUGCGCUUGUCCGACAUGAAAUUAGUACGCCUGAAGCGCUGUUGGCGCACUGCAUUCCCUCAUUUCUCACCUUCAGAUAAAUCGGCGGAUGCUGCCAAUAAACCUCUUUCACCUAGACCAGAUUCCCAAUCUUAUUCCAGCCCUGAGGAUUCCAUAAAUCUGGGUUCAGAGAGAAGACCUUGUAAAGAGGCUAUUCGACCGAAUCGCUCUGGGUCUCUGUCGCAAGUAUCAUCGACACUUACUCCAGACCAGGGAAUUCCAUUUGGAUGGCUUCGCAGGCAACUUGUGGCAAGUUUUCGCAUGCAAGAGCUGAUUCUUCAGCUAGAGACUCGAGGUAAAUUUAUCUGUCAUCUUUAA